AACGAUAAACCGGGUGGUGGCGGCGGCUAUUUCUGGCAGGAGGUGGCAGAGGAGGCGGACGCUCACUCCUGCAGGUCUCAGAGCAUCGUCAGACUGACAAGAUGGACUCCCUACCUAUGUCUAUGGACAGGGACUCCCUGCAGCAGCUGCUAGGAGAGAUAGACACUGUUCUCCUCGACUGCGACGGCGUGCUAUGGCGCGGGGCUCAGGGCACAGAUGUGAUGCCGCGGGCACAGGAAGUUGUAUCUAGACUCAAGUCCAUGGGUAAAAAGGUGUUCCUUGUGUCCAACAACUCCACCAUGACGCAAGACAGCUUCUACGAGAAGUGUAACAGCCUCGGCUUCAACCUUCAGAAGGACAGCAUUAUAUGUGCACCAUAUGUGCUAGCCCAGUACCUAAAGGAGAUCAACUUCCGCAAGAAGGUGUACGUGGUGGGGGCGGCUGCCAUUGCCCAGGAGAUGCAGAAGGCUGGCAUCCGCUGUAUAGGUGUUGGGCCUGAGAGAAUAGGCGGUUCAAUAUACACAGCCCUGGCAGAUGGGACCCUGGGCCUCGACCCUGAGGUGGGAGCGGUGGCCGUCGGCUUUGACCGGGAGUUUAGUUACGACAAGCUCGUCCGGGCUACCACCUACUUGGCCAAUCCUGACUGUCUCUUCUUGGCCACCAACACAGACGAAAAGUACAUGGUGACCGGCACGCAGCUACACCUGCCUGCCGCUGGCAUCCUGGUGCGAGCUAUCGAGAAGGCCACGGGUCGACAGGCUCAGGUGAUGGGCAAGCCUUCGCCCACCGUCCUGUACAUGCUGCAGGCACGCCACGGUGUCCAACCCCAGAAGACUUUGGUCAUCGGCGACACGCUGGCCUCCGACAUUAUGUUCGGCAACGAGUGUGGGAUGUGGUCCAUUCUGGUGCUGAGCGGCGUGGCCAGCCUGCAGGACGCCCGCAGCCUAUCCCUGUCACAAGACCCUCUUCUUCAGAAGCAGAUUCCUCUCUUCUACCUGGAGGCCGUGGGUGACAUCCUUACCCUUCUCGAUGCAACAGCCAACAACAGUGUGAAUGAACAGCAACAUUAGCUUUGUAAUUCCGAUAAUAUUUUCAAAGCAAAAUAAAGCUUUCAUCCACCAAAAAA